UCCGCAUUGAACUCCCACAUGCUUCUGUCAGCGUGCGGUUUGUUGCUGUUGAACGACGAGCUAAAAGUGGACUCAUUGAGGACAGUCUGUCCUUCCUUGUCUUCCUUUAGAUCAGUGAGAUGAGUCCUCUGUGUGACUGCUGCGGUGAGCACAUUCACAAGCUUAAUCAGCAGGUUUCUGUGAUGAGAAAAGAAAUCAAGAACCUGAGGCAGAUGUUGGACAGUGCGGUCAGAGCUCAUCGCAAACAUAUGGUCUCCAUUCAGUCUGCCGUGUCAAACAUUGGACUCAGUGAACCUGAUAUAGACCAGACACCACCACCACCUUCACCAGCAUCAGGCCAAGCUGCAUUAGAGCAAGGAAACAUCCAGACUGUCCCGAUUGGUUACAUUAGUUCCUGUUUCUCUGUGAAGAAUGGGACCCCCAGACAGCCCACCAUUUGUGGCCCCUCAAGGGCUGAACUGCGCAUCCGGCAGAGCGUCUUCAAUAACCCUGAGCACGCUCUGGUGGGCCUGGAGCAAUACUCACAUGUGUGGAUCCUCUUUCUCUUUCACAAAAACGGGCACAUGAGUUAUAAAGCCAAAGUGAAGCCUCCUAGACUUAAUGGUCAGAGAGUUGGUGUGUACUCGACACGCAGUCCGCACCGCCCAAAUGCCUUGGGCUUAACUCUAGCUAAACUCGAUAAGAUUGCAGAUGAUACAAUACAUCUGUCAGACAUUGACAUGAUUGCUGGCACCCCAGUCCUAGACAUCAAACCCUACAUUCCUGAGUACGACUCCCCCCACACCAGGAUGGGCACAGACUCUGAGCCUUAUGAUUUAAACACAGACCAACAACAGGCAACUACUGUGUCGCUAAAUGAGACAACAGACACAUUAAACCUCCGUAAAGAAGAAAAAGAUUCUCAGUCAGACCUAAAAAGUGAAACAACUGAUGUUGAUGACUUGGGGAGUCUCCUCCCUGAUAUUCCAGCCACAGACUCAUCUAGAGGCAGCGCUCAGUUUUCCCUCCCCAAAGACUUCCACAAUGUGCUGGAGGACGUCAGGGCAUAUGUGACCCAAGGUGAUGUUCGCCAGGUGAGCUGCGAGAGCGAGGAUCAAGUUUCAGACUCACCCAAAACCAAACCACAGGAGUCGAUGGUGGACCACCCUUGCUAUGGAGAGGAGGCAUACAGCACCAUUGCUGGCUGGAUCAGAGAACCUCCUGUUGGCAGUCUGGAGGUGCGCAUCACACCACAUGCUCAGAGGCAGUUGGGAGAAUUCCUUCCCCCACACCUGUCAGGAGCCUCUGAGAGUGACAGACCCAGGUUCAAGUUUCUGCGCAGUCCAGAGGAGGCUGCUGCCGCUAUCAGAGGGGUGCUGUCAGCAGACCCACGGUCAGUCUACAGGAGGACACGCUGCAGAGACAGACUUUUCUUCUUUACCCUCGACACAGCUGACAUCACCUGCUGGUUUGGACGAGGCUUUGCUGAAGUACUGCAGGUCCGACCUGUUGAGCAACAUCUUCCCUCAGUAUGAGAAAUGGUCUCAGUGAAAGCUUCAGCUGGAAAGACUCUGGAUUUUCUAGAUGUUCAUGUGUGCAGAGAAACAAAACCACAGUAUCAAAUGUUUCUCAUACCCACAUUGCCAGAUUCUCUACUGACAAACUUUAUUAAAAUCAGUUUUAUAUAAAAGACAAGCGAUUAUUAAUUAUAAGGAGCUUAAAUAGAUUAAAAGAUUUUUUUUGAAACAUGAAAGUUGUUUAUGUGCUCUGUUAUUGACAGGAAACUAUAAUGGUGCAGAAAUGGUAAAUAAUAAAUACAUCAAAAUAUUUUCUAUGUUGGUCCAUUUUAAAAAAUAGGAGUGAUUGUACAAAUUCCGCAAAUUAUCACAUUUUUCUCAUAAGAUACAGAAUAAAAGUCUUACGAAACCCCACCCAUUUUUAUAAUUUUUCAGAAAAUUACACAUUUAUUUGUCAAGACUUAUUCUCUACUGGUGUUGUCAGGUAGCAGCUGCGUUCCAGUUAUUCGUAUAUAUAAUUUCCACUUUCACAUCUUUGUUUAAUUUGGAGGAAGUAACUGGCCCUCUGCCCAUAGUGAAAAAUAAACUAAAUGAUCAUGAA